CAGCAGCAGCAGCAGCAGAAGCAGCACAACAGGCACACGGCGGUCGGUCGGAUCGGAGCAGCAUCAUUAUAAUAGCGCAUACUAGCAGAUAUUUCGCGCGCCUCGGCCGCGACACACACGGCUAGCACAGUGCAGUGCACGUCGAGAGCGCACACCGUAUAUAUAUAUAUCGCACCUAUUCUAUUCGCGACUAUAUAGUCAGUGCGCACAGUGUUUCUCUUUGUGUGUGUGCGUGCGAGUGUGAGUGUUGUGCGCGUUACAACUCUGUGACAACAUUGGUGCGUUGCGGAGUGAGUGCGUGCGUGGUGUACACAUUUUUUUUUUUGAAGUGUUUUCAAUAUAUGCAUGCGGACGGUCGAGACUCGAGUCCGUCAUCACCAGUCAAGUCGUCGCUGUCGCGCGUGCAAAGAUGGCUCGCGGCUGCAGGAUGCUGCUGCAGCAGCAGCUCCGUCGUCGUACCUAGCAUCGACUCUGCUCGUUAUCGUUGUUGCGACAACGUCGAGGAUGCAGCGUCGCCUCUGCACACAAUUGCUCAUAGAUACAUAGUGCCAUUGCAAGGAAACAUUACAACAGUGCUACUAUAAGUGCUACUAUAUGUGAUAAAUUAUUUAGAAACUUCAUCAGACAACAUUGAGGAUAUAAAUUUUGAUUGAACUGUACCGUAAUAAUUUAUUUGAAUGUGGCGUUGCUCUUAUCGAAUCGGUGCUUCUAGCAAUGAAAAGAAAAAUAUAUCAUUCAAGGUUUUUACUUGAUACAACGAUAAAGAUUUCAAAAACCAUGGUAUCAAAAGUUAUUAAACCUUGAAAAACUUCAACAAUUAUCAGUCUAACUAGCCAGUUCGAUUUUAUAAGUUUAUUAAAUAUUUAAUAAACAAAGUGGAUAAAGAGACCGAGAAAAAAAUCGACGAAAAUGGCACGAAAAGGUGAUAACAUCAAGUACAUAAAUGUGGCAGUCGUUGGACUGUCGGGUACGGAGAAGGACAAGGGCUCCAUCGGAGUCGGCAAAUCCUGCCUUUGCAAUCGUUUCAUGCGAUCGCUCAGCGACGAUUACAAUGUCGAUCACAUCUCCGUGCUGUCACAGUCGGACUUCAGCGGCCGAGUCGUUAACAACGAUCACUUUCUCUAUUGGGGCGAGGUGAUCAAACCGACCGAGGACAACUCCUCGGACUACGCGUUCCAAGUGAUCGAGCACACGGAGUUCAUCGACGACUCGUCGUUUCAGCCCUUCAAGGGCGGCAAAAUGGAGCCGUACGCCAAGCGCUGCUCGGCCACGAAAAUCACCAGCGCCGAGAAGCUCAUGUACAUAUGCAAAAACCAGCUCGGCAUCGAGAAGGAGUACGAGCAGAAGGUCCUGCCGGACGGCAAGCUCAACAUCGACGGCUUCCUCUGCGUCUUCGACGUGAGCGUGGUGCCGAAUCGCUCGCUCGACAAGCAGAUAGAGAUAGUGGCCAACAUACUGAACAAUCUCGUCAAGACGAAGAAGCCCAUUAUACUGGUGACGACGAAGAACGACGACGCGAACGAGCAGUACGUGAAGGAGGCCGAGAAGUUGCUCAUGCGCAAGGAGUACAAGGGCGCGAUACUCAUGGUCGAGACGUCGGCCCACGAGAACAUCAACGUCGAUCUGGCCUUCAUGACCCUCGCCCAGCUCGUCGACAAGUCCAAGCUGCGCAACAAGGUCUUAGGCUUCAACGAGGCGGCCCGUCAGCGCAAGGAGCUCAUGGACGCGUCUACGGAGUCGCUGCAGAGGCUCAUACGGCUGCACGUGCUCGAUUACCGCGCGAUAUGGUCGCAAGCCUCGAAAAAGUUGGCCCACCAUCGCGAGUACCAGAUGUUCGUCGAGCUCUUCGGCAUCGACGCGACGCAGCGUCUGUUUCGUCGCCACAUCAAGCAGCUGAAGGACGAACAGAUCGCCAAAAAGAUUCAAGGAUAUCUCGAGAUGCUUCCGGAUAUUCUGCACGACAUUUGUCCGGAUGUUGCGAGUCUCAUCAAUGAGGAAUGGACCAACGUGCAACAUUUCAUAAAAACGCAUCCAGACUUCGAACGAUAUUUUUAUGAAUGUCCAGAAGACAUUCCAUGGGUAGACUACGAUUUUGGAGAAAAUACUACGUCUAAAAUACCGUAUGAUGUUUUGGAAACACCAGAAGCCGAGACGGUUUUCAAAAAUCAUAUCAACGCACUACAGCAAGAACAACGACGACUCGAACUUCCGAAAAGGUGGAAAAAGCAAUUUAAACAACUUCUGGAGGAGACAGGCUACGUUACUCCUGGCAAGCAAUUAUCCGAAGUACGCGUGCUUUUCAUGGGUCGCGAAUGCUUUGAAGCUCUUUCGCACCAUGACUGCCAAGACGUUUACGAUCAACACCAAAAAGAAAUCAUCGAAAAAGCCAAGCACAAUUUUCAAGAGUUACUACUGGAGCAUGCAGAUUUGUUUUAUCAUUACAAAAGUAUGGCUCCUACGGGAACUAUCACGCAAGAGGAUAUCAAAGAAAUAACUGAUGCUCUUAUCGACGACUUCCGGUAUAAGGCUCUAGAUAGAUUAGAUCAAGACAGAAAAUUGAUGCUGUUUCAGCAUCUAGGCUUCGUACACUGCCCUAUCCGAGAACACUGCCCUGCUUUUCCAAACUGCAUGGAUGCUCUCAUCGAAAGAGUUUUGAGCACCAAAGCUCAUCGACCAUCGUCCUGGAAUCACAGUAAUCAAUGGCAGUUGAACCUGGAUAAUAAUCAAUUGAAUCUCGUUAUACUCGGUAGCGGCGGUCUCAGCGAAGAUUUUGCUCGCGAAAUACGCUCGCAAACCGAUGACGACGAGGUCGAGAUCGAUUGUCAACUUUACACGCUCGGCUAUCGCGUGAUAGACGGUGACGUUGGUCUGCCGCACAAUUCCUUCACAACCUCGGACUUCAUGCCUCAUGGUUCAUUUUGCGUUUACUCGAGCGACGAUACUUUCGAUUACGUGCGCGCCUCGUUGGAAAAGACAAUUUUGAACAGCUUGGAGCACGAAGACAGACUGCCAUUUCAAGGUUUGCCUAUAGUCAUUAUAUUCGUACCGGACGGUUUGAUGGACGAAGUUGAAUUUGUGAGGCUGCGCGAGGAGGGUCAGAAUCUCGCGGACAGCCUUCAAUGUCCCUUCAUCGAUGUAGCCGUUGAAGACUUGGAGUCGGACAGACGAUUUCCGUCUACACUCGCCAAAGAAUCUUUACAGCAACUUGUCCAAGCCAUCAAUCACAGAGCAGGAUUUCUCAAUAUAUACCAAAGUGUUAUCGAGUGCUUGGAACCAGAUAUUAGGAUAAUAAUGUGCAUGUUUUGUGGCGAUCCGUUCUCAGUAGAAAAUGUUUUGGGCCCUCUUUUAAGUCAUCAAUGCUGUUUUCUAAGCAGCGAGCGUUCUAUUGUGCUCGAAACAUUUUUGGGCGAGUCAAAGCGUCGUGUCGAAGUAACAGUCUCGAGUUUUCACGGAGCCAACGCAUUCAGGGAUGAGCUCGUGCACGGUUUCAUCCUGGUUUAUUCGACCAAACGAAAAGCUUCGCUGGCGACACUCAACGCUUUCUCGCACAAUAUUCCAAAUCUGCCGAUUCAAAUAAUGGCUGUGACGGACAUUGGCGGCGCCAAUGCAUUCUUCACAAAUGAUUUGUGUCAUCAUCUUAUUACUGAGGGUAAUGCCACUGCCGAUAAAUUGCAGGCACAUUUUAUGACAACCUCAUCAGCGAUGCAGCAAAAAACGGCUUUCUACACGCCUUUCUUCAAAGAGGUAUGGGACAAAAAGCCCGAAAUCGAGCAAGCUUUCCACAUGGAAGAGCCAAACAAUCUUAACGACAGCGGCGAGGGGACACUGGAAUACUCGGCGAUGCAUCCGAUGCCUCCGCCAAGACACGAAAGUUACCAUUUACAAACACCAGACGAUGGCAGUAUGUCGGUAACUUUCAGGAGCGGCUCCGAAUCUUACGAGCAACUCACGCCUGACGGUGAGCUCGGCGACGGCGUACUCAACGAGCACUUCAACAAUCGUGCCACACCCAGUGACGACAGUGAUAUUUAUAGCCAAGUUGAUUAUCAUCGAGAGGAGCGCGAACGAGAAUAUGGACGAGGUGGAGACAUUACCAGUAAAUUGUCUGGUAUGAAUGUGAAAAAUUCUUUGUUCUCAAUGAGGCAUUUUCGCACACUUCCAGGUUGGGUCAAAGACACUUUCAUGGGUCAGCAACAACAGCAACAGCAGCAACAACAACACCAAGAUAACAACAGUUAUUCACACCGAGCAUUCACCACUGGUAGACAACGUAAUAUGCAAUCAUCAAAGACGAGACCAAAAGGCAACAGCCAAACACUUAAACAACCUGGAAAAAUUAAUCUUAAGGAUUACUCCAACGUUACGGAUGUCAUAUCUCGAAUGGCGAUUGGCGAGAAAGACGAGCAUGGAAAAAUUAGUUUGGGUCAUGCGCCGCUCGCCACACCAGAAAUGGUCGAUCUUGGCUCUGAAUACUCACAGGUCAAGGACCACGUGGCCAAUAUGUACCCCCAUUACGAUGCCGAAUACGUCUACACACUAGUCCAUGAUUCGUUGAACAACAAAUCCAAGCAACGACAGCGGCGAGAUAAGGGGCAGCCUUCGCAAGGCAGAGUUUUUACAAAUCGAACUUUUCGACAAACCGUAGACUCGCCGUCGACGGCUUAUACCGAUUCAGAUUCGGAGUGGAGCUCGUUAGAGCGGCAGAAGGUUAUAGCCGAGGCUCUGGGCAAAUUGCCAAACAACAAAAAGUUAUCGUCUCACAAGCGUCAACGCAAGAAGCGUACGGCGAUACCGGUGGCAACCCCUAAAGUCCCGUCGUUACCUGGAUUAGGCACGCCUGGAAUGUUGGCCGACGGCAUAGUGGGAUUAAACUAUACGGUCAAAGACGAUAAAAGCUGGCGUCUCGAUGGCAACGAUCGAGGUUCCAGUGAAAGUGGUGACAGCUCGGAAUCAAGCGAUCUCGAGAAUCCCCUUUCUCGCAACAAACUUCUCGGUGGUGGUGGUAAACAAUCGACUCCCAAUAUUCGCGGCAAAAAGUCAUUCGGCAACAACGUGGCGCAGCAACAUCUCGCACAGACGCUUCAGCAUCCAUUCAAUUUCAAGCAUGUGACGCAAGAGAUGUUCAGCACCAUGUCGUCAAAACAGCAACGGGCACUGCUCGUUGGAGAAAAUAACAUAGGAUGCAUGCCCGACGAUGAGUCGAGUUUAGUUGUCUCAUCGCCGCGUGAAAUGAAUUCGCCAAGUUUCGGUAUACUAGGUGGAAAAACUAACGCAAAAGACAGUCAGGAUAAAUUAACAAGAAAAAGAGACAAACAAAAAGCCAAAGAGGAUGAAAAGUUGGAGAAAAGACGAUUAAAGGAAGAGAAAAUAAAGCGCAAUGCAGCAGAAAAAGAACGUGAACGUGAAAAGAAAAAGCAGGAAAAAACGAAGCAGAAUAAAUUAAGUGGUCAGAUGGGAAAUAACAUUGGUGGCAAUUUAAAUAUGACUAUGCAAUCGAUGUCUCAGCCCCUGAUCGAAGAUUUUGCCCAGAGUGAUACAAACCCAAUUCCACUGUUUCUCGAAAAGUGCGUGAGAUUUAUCGAAGAUGAAGGCUUGGAUUCUGAGGGUAUCUACAGGGUACCUGGUAACCGAGCCCAUGUUGAAUUGUUAUUCCAAAAGUUCGAAGAAGCAUUCGUUGUAGAUGGUAAUGUAGACAUUCAUUCCUUGGACAUACCAGUCAAUGCAGUAGCAACUGCGUUGAAAGAUUUCUUUUCCAAAAGAUUGCCACCUCUCAUUGACAAAGACAGCAUGAGUCAACUAGAAGACAUAUCUGGUGCACGUGGUAUCAGCAAACCGAUGUCCGCGACAUGCAUGAAUAUGGAAGAUCGAAGCGGUAGGCUAUUGGCUCUUCGCAUGAUGUUAAACAAACUGAACUCGACGAAUUUCGACGUACUAAAAUUCAUAUUCCAACACUUUGUCAAAGUUGCUGAGAAUUGCAAAUUGAAUAGUAUGGACAGUAAGAAUUUAGCGAUAUGCUGGUGGCCAACUCUAUUGCCUAUCGAAUUCAAUGAUCUCGGUAGAUUCGAAGCGAUGAGGCCAUACCUCGAAGAUGUUGUACAGACCAUGAUCGAUCAGUACCCAUUCCUUUUCUGCGGUAAAGAGGCCAUCGUUAUGGUCUGAACUGAAUAAACGUCGUUGAAGAUUCUGUGAAGUACAUACCUAUCUCUCUACUGGUUUUUUACACAUCGUAAGAAUAAGGUAGAUAAAGUAAGGAAUAUAUAAAUAUAAGAAACAGAGUACAUUCCUUAUAUUUUUUUCGGUGCGAAACUUACAAUAAUGGUUGUGUGCAUCUCGCCGAGAUAGAAAGAUAACAAACGAGACUUUUUAGGUAGCAUUUCAAUAACAGAUAUUAAGCAAAUAUUAUACAAAUGAGAACUAUAAAAAACCUUUUUGGAGCUAAAAUGCUUCGUUUUUAUCUUGUUACUUAGCUCUAUCGCAUGAAAAAGAUAUUUGAAAAAAAA